AUGACGUUUGGAGCAGCCUGCUCGCCAAGAACGGCGCACUACGUCAAGACUGUGAAUGCCCUGAAGUAUCGGGAUUCAGAUCCGAGGGCAGUCAAGGCCAUCAUCGACCACCAUUACGUCGAUGACUACGUGGAUAGUUUCGAUACGGAGAGCGAAGCUAUUGAGGUAUCUAGCCGAGUGAAGGAGAUACACGCGGAGGCUGGAUUCGAACUAUGCCAGUUCUCAUCCAGCUCACCCAUCGUGGAAGCGGCGUUGGGACCACCUGGACAAGUCAAGACCAUCGGAUGGGGUGAGUCUGAGCAGAAAAUCCUUGGAAUGCAGGUAGCAACGGAUGACUUCAGAUUCAACGUGGAGUAUCAUCGAGUGCCAAAAAGCGUCCUAAGUGGAGACCGAGUCCCAACAAAGAGGGAGUUUUUGAGCCUGCUGAUGUCAACGUUCGACCCAUUGGGGUUCCUGUGCUGCCUGAUGAUUACAGCGAAGCUGUUGCUGCGGGAGAUCUGGAGGCAGAAGAUCCAGUGGGACGAUCCGCUGCCGGAGGAGAUAGGCAGAGCCUUUGCUGCCUGGCGCAGAGAGAUGGACGCCGUGAGACAGUUCCGAUGUCCUCGCCACUAUUUUGGGCGUGGAGCAGUUCGGACCAUCGAGUUGCACGUUUUCGUGGAUGCAAGUCAAUCUGCAUUCGCGGCGGUGGCCUAUUGGAGGGUCACGUACGACGACGGAAACGUGCUGGUUAGCUUCGUGUGCGCAAAGACGAAGUGUGCGCCGAUGAGGACGAUGUCCAUCCCACGGCUGGAGCUGCAGGCAGCGGUCCUUGGAAUCAGGGUGAUGAACACGGUCAAGGAAGAACACAACGUGGACAUCAGUGAGACGGUGUUAUGGACUGAUUCAAAAACGGUGCUGAAAUGGAUCGGCAGCACCCACCGCCGGUACAAGCAGUUUGUUGGCAACCGAGUGGCGGAGAUUUUGGAGUCGUCGAUGGUUUCCCAGUGGAGAUGGGUACCUACAGCUGACAACGCAGCGGAUGAUGCGACGCGGUCGCAGAACAAGGCGGACCUUAGCCCGGAAUCCCGGUGGGUUCUGAGAUUUGCGCGACGGUGCCGCCAGCAGAGAAGCGAGCUCGAGGAAUAUGGACUCACAGCGACGGAGUGUGAGGCCGCGGAGAACCUGUUCAUCAGGCAGGCCCAAUUGGAGUCGUUUCCCGACGAGAUAAGGCCGGCGGAACGCGGAAAGGAAGUCGCCAACUCGAGCGAGAUUCGAAGUCUGGCGCCGUACAUGGACAAAUAUGGAGUUCUGCGAGUUUAUGGCAGAGUCGAUGCCGCGCUGUCCAUGCCGUACAGUGCGAGGAGGCCUGUGAUACUGUCACACAAGCACAGUCUCACGGAGAUGGUAGUAAGACACUACCACGCCCAGAUGAAGCAUCAAAACGUGGAUGCGACGAUUGCCCAGAUCCGGACGAGAUUCUGGGUCACGAAGAUAAGACGAGUGCUAAAGGAGAUAAUCUCGUCGUGCAACGUGUGCAAGCUGCAACGGACGCGGCCGAUACCGCCGACAAUGGGACCCCUUCCAGAGGAUCGCUUGGAAGCUGGAGGAUGGCCAUUCCAGUACACAGGACUGGACUACUUUGGGCCACUGCUGGUGACUGUUGCCCGUUACAGAGAGAAGCGUUGGGUCGUCCUGUUUACAUGCUUGACGACAAGGGCGAUUCAUUUGGAGCUGGCGCAUGACCUGUCAACGGAUUCCUGUAUAAUAGCGAUCAGGAACUUCGACUGCCGUAGAGGACCAGUACGUAAACUGCGGAGUGACAACGGCAAGAACUUCGUAGGAGCUGACAGGGAGGCCAGGCGAUUUGGAGACGUGUUCGAGACGGAAAGGAUACAGAGUGAGUUGUCCAGCAGGAGCAUUGAAUGGGUCUUUAAUUGCCCUUCCAACCCGUCUGAGAGUGGAGUAUGGGAGCGGAUGGUGCAGUGCGUCAAGCGAGUGCUGCGCCAUAUCCUGAAGGAAGUCGCGCCGAGGGACCAUGUGUUGGAGAGUCUACUCAUAGAGGCGGAGAAUAUAGUCAACUCGCGUCCGCUCACCCACUUGCCAGUGGAUGCGGACCAAGAGGCGCCGUUGACGCCAAAUGACCUGCUCAAGGGAGCAGCUAACCUGCCAGAUACGCCUGGAUUGGAUGCGGAGCUGCCCAAGGAGGGUUCUACGCGAAAGCAGUGGAGGAUUGCCCGCAUGCUGCGAGACCGCUUCUGGAGGAGGUGGGUCAUGGAGUACCUGCCUACGCUUGUGCGCCGCGAGAAGUGGUGCCGGAGAACGGAGCCCAUCCGCCAGGGCGAUAUGGUCUUCGUCUGCGAUCCUGCCUUGCCCAGACGAGAGUGGCGCAAGGGCAUCGUGGAGGAGGUCUACAGCGGAUCUGAUGGAGUCGUCAGACGCUCCACUGUGCGCGUAAAUGAUAAUGGACUAUCUUGGACAAUGUUGCGGCCCGUCUCUAAACUUGCAGCUUUGGAUUUAAGUGAAGCGGGCCUUCACGGGGUCGGGGAUGUCGACGGUCACAACAUUAUCGAUAGUUAA